CUGGUUCACCUUCCUUUACCAUGACAUCCGCAAAAUUCUCCCGCAGUCUCACCAGCACCGAACACUUCUUCAGGACUCGUUCCAUCACCCAGUUCUACUCGAACUUCCAGAUGGCCACCACGUACUCCCAGCCAGUGAACGACCUCUCUCUUCUCUACAGAGCUUUGAGAAAAACCUUGAUUGACUACCCCAUCUUGCUCACCAAUGUCUUUGAUAGAGAUGGAGCUGAUGGAGCGUAUAGUAUCUUCAAGGUUAUCGAGCAACCUCUCAAGUUUUCAGACGUUGUUUUCGUCAGACCUGGCGCCUCGGAGGAACAGUCGCCCGACAAGGAGCUUAGAGCUAUUGCAGGAGACAUCCCAAGGGUCUCUGAAAAGUUCAUGAAAGAGAUUUACAAAACACGGUUCACCUUGAACCUCGAGGACCAAAUUUUGCUCCAGGUACAUGUGGUGGAUCAAUUCACCCUUUGUUUUGUCUUCGAGCACAUUUAUGCGGAUGGAUUACCGGGGGUGUUCUUUAAUGAGUUAUUUAUUGAAAACUUGGCUUACAUAAGUGACUCCAAGAAUGACGAGGACUAUGCACAAAAAUACGGGUAUUUGGGGGGCUGCGACAGAGAUAUCCACUCGGACGCUAUUCUCUUCGACUUUAAGACAGAUCAGGGCUUAAUUGUCAAUUCGUUGCCGCCACCGAUCGAUAACUACCUUCCACCCCUCCACCUCGAUUAUGCGAAUGGCGACCCAAACUUUUUUGACAAGCAGGUUCCACUUUCUGUGUCUAGUGACCGGUUGAAGAAAUGGCCAGGCCUCUUUCCCAAAGCGGGGAACUUUUCGUUGGUUCAGAAAUUGGUCAAUAUAACUACCGAAGACACCGAUAGAAUCGUGGCAAACUGCCGUUCUCACCAAGUGUCCUUGACCUCCUUCUUGAAAGUUGUGCACAGCUUAACGUUGUACCCUCUCUUCGGAGAUGAGUACUACACCACCCAAAGAGUGGCCGUCAACUUGAGAAGGCAUCUUUAUAAGCUCAAGGCGGAUGACCUUCCACUGGACGACGAGAUUUUGCCGUAUUUGAACGACCCAAAGUUAAAGUUCUGGGGGUGCUGUGCUCACGCAGGGCUUCCCGAGCCAAUGGCUCCGAUUAAGAGCUUCUCCUGGGAAAUUGUUCAGAAAAUCCACGGCCACUUGCAGGAGACCAUUGUCAAUAACAAGUUGAACCACACGUUUACCGAUUUCAAGGAACACAAGGACGCGGGAAGGGAUGUUGAGUUUUUCACACGCGGCUUAAAGAAGCCAAGACCUGAUGCUGUUAAGAUUUCCAACUUAGGGCUUGUCAAAACUCCAGUAUACGAGGUGGGACCUGAAGCCACCCCCUGGACAAUCGAAGAUGUCGUCUUCACCCAAGAUACGGGUGUGUUAGGCGCCGAUUUUGUUCUCAGUAUGUUAUCCACGAGGAAGGGUGGGUUGAACAUUGUUGAAACGUAUAUUGAUCACUACGAACCGGACGAGGAGAGCGCUGCAAAGUACAAGCAUUUGACCGGGGAUAACUUGGACUGGAUCUCGGUUAACUUCAGGAAAAACAUUCUUGAAAACUACCACCCACCCGCCCCCUCGUUCUUGUCAAAGGAUUACCUGUCUUUGUCUGGCAAGAUGGUGAUUGUCACUAGUGGUAACUCUAGUGUAGACUUAGAAGCUGUCAAGCUCUUGGGUGUAACCGGAGCUAAAAUAUACAUCUUUUUUAGAAACGAAGCCAGCACCCUUCAGGCGAUCGAGGACAUCAAAAAGACUAUCAAGAAUGCGGAUAUGCACUUUGUGAAGGUUGAUUUGAGCGACUUGAUCGCUAUAAAGCCUGCCUCCGAGGAGUUAUUGGCACGGGAAUCCAGGUUGGACCUUGCGAUCCACAACGCAGGUACGUAUGACGACCCGACGGAGAACCAACCAUCGUCGCGUGAAUCCAAACUACGGCUCCCAGUCACAUCAGAAUAGGAGUAUGUACAGGAAAUGUCACAACACCAAUCAUGUUGCACUCCUUUUCUAGUGACCGGAGAAUUUAGGCAAACAAAUGUCCUCCUAUGCAGCGUAACUGACAGCUCGCACUGAGGGACAUUGACGGAAGACCUGCAGUAGGGAUAACACACCUGCACAGGCCGCAGAUCCAGCGAUUAACACCAGUCUGAACCGGUUAUCCGCGGC